UCCAACAAAUGCCGGACACUGAGUUCGCAAAGCAUCAAGCGCAAAACAGUUUGGCUGGCUGUAGGCAAGUCAGUACGUGACCGCAACUCGAAGUGAAAAGUAGUGGAAAAGUGAGAAACGCACCGCGAAUAUAGCAUCACGUUAGAACAGUGCUCGUAUGUAUAUGGGUAUAUGUGUAAUCCGUGGGCAUUUGCAACCCCCAAAACGCACACCACACCACACCACUAUUUGGCUCCACUAGGUAUACACAGGAUAUUCAUAAAAUACGGGUUCGCUUGGGACUCGCUGUGCAGACAAAGGCGUCAAUUGCCAAGAAAUGAAUUUUAAAGUUCACAAACAAAUAUAACUCCGCAUAGACAAGUGAAAAAUACAAAGAAUUUACUUUAAAGUUUUAUUGAAAAGUUUAACGCAAAAAUGGCCGAGGCAAGAGGCCAGUACCAGAAGUUGCCGCCCGGCUGGGAUUGUAAAUAUGAUCAAGCAACAGGAAAUUGUUACUACAUCAACUAUUUUACAAAAGCAAUGCAGCUGGAGGAUCCACGUUCGCGUUAUAAGCAAUUGCAGAAUGAACGCUGCUCCAACGAAUCCAUAGCUAUGCAGCCAGUACAGCAUGGCUCACCCUAUCAUGUGUAUCCAAGCAACAAUUUGCCUGCAGUGCGUGCUUUUCAGGCGGGCCCUGGCACAAACACAAGUUUGCAUAAUAUGUCCUCCAGUCCUUUGCUGUCUUCUCGUGGGAAUUUGGAAAUGUCGCCGUUGCCAUUGCCACGCUCCUCUUUGACGCAAACUCCACGAUUGGGCAAUAUGUCACGCCGUUCAACCAUACAGGAGACUUCCUUUACAAAUCCUAUCGACACAGAUGCGGUGGUAAAUAAAAUACAGAAUAUAUUUCCAACCGCCAGCGAGGAUCAUAUACGUCUGCUACUUAAAAAAUACUUGAAAACCAUUUUCCCCAAGGCAGAUGAAAUGGUUCUCUUGGAUAUACUCGCCAGCUCCGAUAAUAAUGUACAAACAGCAUCAGAGAAACUCAUUUCCAUGGGCUAUACAAAACGUGAUUUUAUACCACCAAAAACCACACAUCGCUUCGAUGCAGAGCAUGCACAUGCUGGGGCGGUCAAAAAGCCUGGCGAUGAGACGAUUAUACCACUGCGCCCGAAAGAGUACACGAUCGAGGAGAAGGCAGCAAUACAAGCCCAACUGAAAGAGAAAUACCCACAGACAGCUGAUCGCAUUAUUCUUAUGGCUUUAGAAUCGGUCAACUACGCUGAGGAUCGUGCCAUACAAAUUCUUCAUAUUGUGCAGGAGGAGGAUGAGCUGGACGCCAGGAAACAUGCCGCUGCUGCUAUUGCGCUGACGUCAGCUGGCGGUGAAGCCGAAGUGCUUUUGGGUGCCAGUGGUAUGCAAGGCACGUUGGCCGAUAACAAUGCAGCUGAGGAUAACAUCAUCACCGUUGUCCUCACACCAUCGCCAAAUACCUACAGCGACAACGUUAAAAGUCGCCAUAAUGCUUCUGUCAAAGAUAUUCCACAUACAACCAUAUCAUAUUCAUCACCAUUAACAUCAUCAACAGCCACAACAACAACAACAUCAUCAUCGUCAUCGGCAUCAUCAUCAGUACCACCGCUUUUAUUAACUUCCAGCACCCUAAAAUCCUCCACAAAAAUCAAUGCAAUUCGCAACAUUGGCAAAAAGGUAGCUUUUCCUUCCAUUAAUCUAACCACGCCCACUACGGCUACUACUCAGAUAAUACUCUCAAAUUCGCCCACUUGCAAUAUUGAACACAACGAAGAGCAACUACCAGCAACAACAUUCGCCACAAGCGAUGCUGUUGAUCCAUUGAAAAACUCAUAUACAAAUAUAAGUUCAUCAGCCACACAAUCGACUCCCUCCAUUUCACCGUCCGAAGCACUCAAAGAGCUUUGCAUAUCACAUGAACCAACAGCAGCAUCAACAUCGUUAUCUGUGCCAUCAUCGCUGAGCACAGAGCCAGCAAAAUAUCAAACAAUUACAACAAAGAGCAUCCUGGCACGUUGCAAUGCGUAUGCCACUAGAAUCAAUGGAUAUCUGCAUGGUACACCAUGUAGCACCAAAACCUCGACUAUAACUUCCGCUUCUACGCGUACUACCACGGCUUCUAUUUUGGAUAACUUGAAAGCGGCACGCUUAAGCGAAAAAACCGACUCAUUAAAAGCACUACAAAAAGAUUCUGUAGACAAGCUAAGUGACUUCAAACAACGUAAAGAGUUCAAUUCUAUCCUAGGACGCAUCACUACAACUGGACAUAGCGCAGAAUUGGCCAAAGGUGCCGAUGAGAGUCUGCUGCUAGCUGACUAUGUUACCUGGAAUGGUGCGAAUCCAGACAUGCCACAAGGCAACAAUCAAAAGCAAUUGGCUAAUGGUCCAGAUGCUAGCAAGUUGUGUGAACGCACAUAUAAACCUAUGGGACGUAAUCCAGAGCUUUGCAAGGGCGCACAAAAGGGACUAGCUAAAGGCAGUAUUUAUGCACAACUCGCUGCGUCUGGUAAUACGAAUACAGCAAAUAUUAAAUGCAACUGAAGGGAUAUAAAUUAAUGAUAAAGAUACUAUAUCUAUGAUUCUAAUACCAUAUAAAACUAUAAUAUUUACUUUACUAUUUAUGUGUGCCAAAUGUAGUGUAAACUCCAUGUGAAUACUUUCAGACGUACUGUCGCAAACAAUUUUAACUUGAAUUUGUGUUAACUCGUCUAUUUACGAAGUAUUCAAUCUCACUUUUAUUAAAUUAAAUUAAUUUCCACCAAGCCUUAACUGCAGCUUUUACCUAUUGGAAAAAAAGAGAUUACAACACGAAGAGGAUAAUUGGUCAUAUUAAAUACAAGCAAACGAAAGUAAAAAAGCAAAAAUUAAGAAAUAAAAUUUGAGGGUUAUCCUAUGUUAAAAUUCUGGGAACUAACCUGAGAUCUUAACUGCAUUAAGCGUUCGGUGGAAAUGAGGCAUAAGCAUCUAAAA